GGAAGAAAACUUAGUAGCGUAGAAGAAGAUGGGGGAGGCCUGCUGGAAAUUUAGCGAGCAUACAAGAUAAGACUGCAUUUUAAAAAAAAGUUUUUUUCCAGCAAUGAGCAGGUUAUGAAGGUCUCUCGGUGUGGGACAGCUCUUGCAAUGCAGCAACGUGCCAGAAUGAAAUACAAUGCUUGGAUACUGUGACACCGCCAACUGACAAUAAUUCACAGACAUGCCGUGGUGCCAAAACAACAAGUGGAAAUAUCAUUUUUAACCCACUCAGGCUUCUUCACACACCAGAAGUAAAAGCCCAAACUUAUCAGUUUUUUGUUUAGUUAAAAAAAAAUAUCUGUUUUCUGUUGGUAAAUAAGUUUUUAAGCAGCUAUCAUCCCAGAGAUCAUGGUGGAUAAUCGUUAUGCCACAGCUCUGGUGAUCGGCUCGGUACUGAGCCUGCUGGCAACAGUGUACCUCUCUGUGGCCGUGGGAACUCAACACUGGUACCAGUACAGCAGUCCACCGAUCAAACACAAGGGCAGCAACGCCUCGGAGCUCAAAGGGGAGUUUAUCAAUGGCGACUUUAACGAGAAGAAAUACAGCGGUGCCAUGUUUCGUCUCAACGGCACUCUGGGACUGUGGUGGAGGUGCAUCAUGGUGCCCAGCCAGUCACAUUGGUUCGACGAGCCAGACCCCAAGCUGGAGACCUGGUGUGUGAGCUUCACUCUUCCUCAGCAGUUCGCCGUAAAGUUAAAACACCCUGAAGAGCUCAACGAUGAAGAUCUGCUCAGAACAUACUUGUGGAGGUGCCAGUUUCUCCUGCCCUUGGUGUCACUGGCGCUGGUAUUCCUCAGUGUCCAUGUUGGGGUCUGUGCCUGCCUGUGCCGUACAUUCACCCCAAUCCUGGGUGUAGGAGUACUUCAUCUACUUGCUGGUCUGUGUUCUUUGGGCACUGUCUGCUGUUUCCUGGCUGGGGUGGAUUUGCUCCACCAGUAUUCCAGACCACCAGAAGGGGUAGAAGGCUCGUUGGGCUGGUCCCUCUACCUCGCCCUCAUCUCCUUCCCUCUGCAGAUGAUGGCAGCUGCUUUAUUCCUUUGGGCGGCCAGAAGUCACCGCAAGAACUACACCCGCAUGACUGCUUACAGGGUAGCAUAGAAGACAGAGACUGCUCUGACAACAGUAUACUUUAAAACAGCCUAAGACUUUCUAAAAAAGAAGUGGUUUCUGGUUGAGGGGAUGUAAAUAGAAUGAAACGUGCUGGUUGUAACUUAUCACUUCCUCUUUAACAGUCUCUUAUCCGAUUAAAAAGAAAACAUAUACAAACCUAAAGGCAGGAAUACACUAAACAAGUUUGCAGCUAAUCACCAGAAAUACUCUUAAAUAUGAGUUUAAUAUUUUUGAGUUUGUUAUCUCACCUUUUUUCUUUCUUUUUUUCUUUUAUUUUUUAAUGUAUAUGUAUCUUACCCAAAGCAUGUUCUUAUGUAUUGUAUUUAACAUCCAGAUGUCACAGGUGCUUUGUAAUUUCUGGUGUUAACUGUGUUUCUGUGCAGUAUUUCAUUGCCUUCUCUUGGGUUGCCACUGCUUCUAAAGCUGCUCACCACAUUGCCCUUAAGUCAGUUCUCGAUUCUUAACGUGCACUGUCACACAUUUUCUGACCUGGAGUCGUCCAAGUCGAGGUAGCUUUCUCUGUAAGUGCAUGAAAAAUAUUAAACAAGCCGAUUUUUGUUAAGUGUUUGGUUUGUUCUGCUUUUUGCGUUCUCUUAAAUUACCAAGCCUUUUGCUGUGCAUGCCUUUCAAGCUGACAUUUCUGUCAUCUGUGGUAAUUGUUGAUUUCAGUCUGUGGUAUAUUCUGACUAAAUGUCAUUAAAUGUCACCCGCUAAAAAUGAAACCACUCAUCGCUCAUUGUCACCUGUGUUUGUAGAUCUAAUAUGUUUUAAUGAGAUUAAUUUGAAUGUUAAACUGAACUGAUUUGAUGCCACUCCAAGAAAUCUGUGACCUUCAGCCCUAAACCUUACUACUGCCAUUUUACAAUCCUAAUGGAGAAGUUUCACUGUUUUAAAGUCUUUAGAUGACUUUAAAUUGUGCUUGCAAUCUGUUGUCCUUUCAGUUCCAUCAGUGACUGGUUUGGUAAGCAUCAUUUAAGCCUUUCAGAUGUUUGUAGCUGAUACCAUCCAGUCACAGACUCGUAUUCGGAACAACUGAAUUUGCAAAAUCUUCAAGUGCAAAUCCUUGAACCCAUGUCUUCACACUCAACGUCAGUGUGGAAGAUGAUUGGAUUUGCUACUUUUUUGUGUGUGUUAGAUUCCAAAAUUACUAAUUUCUUAGUACAAAAUACAGAUUGUGAUGUUUUUGUGUCACAAUGUUUUGUUACACAUCCGAUGUGUAUACACUGUGGCUUUUGUAAAUGUUUUUAUGUAUUCCGAAGCACACUGUACUUGUUUGUGUUUUAAUACAUUUGACAUUUGCUGACUGUUGCGGCAGUUUCCGUAAUAAAGUGAAUUCACAAAGUA